AUGGGUUACCGUGAACGUCUUAAUUCUAUUUCGCUGGGCCAAGGACAAGGACCAGUUGCUGAAAAGAUGAUUAACAAUGCAAAACCAAAAGGAGACUGGAUAUUCUUACAGAAUUGCCAUUUAGCUGCAUCGUGGAUGCUGAGUUUAGAAUUGAUAGUAGCAAAUCUGUCGAGUGAACAUGGAACUCCGCAUCCAGAUUUUAGACUAUUUUUGAGUUCCAUGCCUACGCCCAAGUUUCCAGUAUCUGUCUUACAGAAUUCUGUUAAAGUAACAAAUGAACCACCUAAGGGAUUAAAAGCAAAUGUUAAACGAGCUCUUAUUGAAAUGGAGGACGAUUUCUUCGAAAAUCACGUACUUGGGCAAGACUGGCGGACAAUGCUAUUUGGAAUUUGUAUGUUUCAUGCGAUUAUACAAGAACGUAAAAAGUUUGGUCCGUUAGGCUGGAAUAUUACUUAUGAAUUUAAUAAUAGUGAUAGAGAAUGUGCUAUGUUAAAUUUGCAAAUGUUCUGUGAAGACGCUCAUAUACCAUGGGAUGCUUUAGAGUAUAUAACAAGUUCAAUAACUUACGGUGGCCGUGUCACAGACAUGUGGGAUCAACGUUGCUUAACCACUAUACUUAAAAAAUUCUUUUCACCUCCAACUUUAGAAGAAGGUUAUGCUUAUUCUAGUUCGGGGAAAUAUUACUGUCCAAGAGUAGAAAAAUUAGAACUUGUCAGGGAAUAUAUCGAUACUUUACCAGUUAUUGAAAGCCCUGAAGUUUUUGGUAUGCAUGAGAAUGCAAAUAUAGCAUUUGAAAACAAGGAAACGAAUACGUUAAUUCAAACUAUAGUUGAUGUUCAACCAAGAUCUGGUGGAGGUGGCGGUGGUGAUACUCCGGACCAAAUUGUAUGGCGUAUUUGUGAUCAAACUCGUGUAGUAGUCUCUAAGAAAAUCGAUAAAUCACAAGUAAAUCCUGAUCUGAUGGUCCUUGACGACAUGGGACAAUUAAAUUCGUUAACAACUGUAUUAUUGCACGAAACUGACAGAUUUAAUACUUUACUCGGACUUAUUCAUUCAUCACUCAACGAGCUUCAAAAAGCUAUUAAGGGAAUUGUCGUCAUGUCGGAAGCUUUUGAAGAAGUUUUCACAGCUUUUCUUAAUAACAAAGUUCCAGCUAUGUGGCAUAAGAAAGGCUACAAUUCUUUAAAGUCAUUAGGUAGCUGGAUACAUGACUUGACACUAAGAGUUGACUUUAUGGAGAAAUGGCUUUUAGAGGGCAAACAACCGAGUAGUUGGGUUUCGGGCUUAUUUUUUCCUCAAGGAUUGUUGACCGGCUCUCUACAAUCAUACGCACGACGCUAUCGAGUACCCAUUGAUGCGCUUAUGUUUGAUUUUCAUCCUAUACAGUUAUUUUUAUCACAAGAAGAUAUUUAUAAGGCAAACAAAAAGAAGAAGGAGGACAGCGUGAACGUUUAUGGGGAGCUCACAGUUCCGGAGGACGGAGUAAACAUCCACGGUUUAUUCAUAGAUGCUGGUCGUUGGGAUAUGCAAAGGAACUGCCUAGUAGAUGCUUUACCAGUGGCGGUGGCGGUGGCGAAUCAUACAAACUAGAAAAUAUCACGUCGCGCAAGCUAAUAGUUGCAUUCGGUCGGCGCCCUAAUAGUAGGGGAGCCGAAGCGGGGAUUUCGGGAUUUACUAAAGCGCGGCAGAUUAAUAUACAGGGGGAUACCUUGUACCCAGUUAAGUACCUGGACCAAGUAUGAGCCCUAUAAAAAUGGCCGCCCGGCAAGGACGAAGGAUCAGAUUAGUAAAAAAAAAUUGAUCAUCUGAAAAUCUCGAGCGCGUUAGAUUAAGGUUAGGUGAGCUAGUUACAUGCUUAAAGGUGUAGAUACCUCUAAUCUGACAAUUUGAGAGUGACGUAAAGAAGGGGGAAGGCUACAAAGUUGUAAAAAAAAGUCACUUUAACAUUCUCGAGCGUGGCUAAUUUUUUUUUUUAUUUUGAAGGGAAUCAUUCAAGGAUUACGAAAAAUAUAUAAUCUGACGAUUGUCACAAGCCGAAGUAAUAAAAAUUCAUCGAUAAGAUUUAAUGCGUUUAAGCUACGUGAUACCUAUAUUUCCUUCUCCGCAUCACUAUUUCUCUCUCUUUUUCUGUCUAUUACUCUCUCAUUCCAUCCCCACUCUGGUUUCGGUUGCCAUGACGCCAUGACAGCUGAUAACACAGACUCGUUCGUGGCGUGAUAUUGUUUACAUCGUAUUUCCAACGUUUUUGCUUAUUUUGUUAUUUUGAAUUAAACUUUUUACAUAUUUAUUAAGAGAAGAAGAGGAAGAUGAUUCUAGCGAUGUAGAUGGUAAUUAAUAAAAAAUACUGUAAAAUUUAAAUUUUCAUAUAAUCAUUUUAUUAUAAAUAUAAGUAAUUUACAUAAAAAAACAUACACUUCUUUAUUAGCAUGAAAAAAAUUAAAAAAAAAGUUUUUAGUGUCAGUUUAAGUAAAUCCCUUCAGAUAAUCGUCACAUUAUGAGAUAUCACGUCUGGGGCAUAAAGAUGAACCAUAUAUAUCUUAAUCUGACGCGCUUAAGUAUUUCAAAAUGGCAAUUUUUUUUGCACAUUCUAAUAAUGGUCACGCGUUUGCGUCACAUCCAAAUCGUCAGAUUAUUAUAUGAGAGCUUUUUUUUAGGUUCACUUGACAUCCCCCUCAAAAAAUCUGACGCGCUCGAUUAAAUAUUUUUUUUUUCAUUUUCAACCCUUACGUAUAACCACCCCCAUCAUGGAAACGAUCAGAUUAACAUACGACAGUUUUUAAAAAUGCGUAGGAUAUGGAUGAUAUUAAUAUCUGACGCGCUCGAGUAUGUCCAUACAACAGUUUUUUUUUACAUUUUUAAAAAUCUAUAGCCGCUUCCCCCACCGAUGAAAAGGUAUAUAUUAUAUGAUUUUUUUUUUUUGUUAUCAUCUAAGCUUCGCAACCCACUAGGUCUCUAUGACGCUCGAGUAAAUCCCGAUUUAGCAUCGUGGGCUCCCCUACUAUAAGAAUAGAAGUAUUACACUGUUAAACUUUUAAAUAAUAUACAGGGCAAAUGAACCCGCCCUUGCCUGUGAUCUGGUUCCAACCAGUGCUGGAGCUGCCCAAGCCAGAUCCUCGAUACGAAGCACCCUUGUACAAGACAUCCGAACGCGCUGGCACUCUGUCCACCACUGGUCACAGCACAAACUUUGUGCUACCUGUGCUUCUACCCACUAAUCAAGUUUCGGAUUUCUGGAUCAUUCGCGGCACUGCUCUUCUUACGCAGAUCACUGACUAAGCACUAUUAUCAAGUAUAUCAUUGUAAUCUUUGCCUCAGAUAUUAUUGUGACGUUGAUUCACAAUUCAUAGGAAAGUUUAUUACCGACAUUUUAAUCUCUUUGUAGCAAAUAUGUAUGAUUAUUUUAUCGCAUCAAUUAAUGGUCUCAAGUUAAAUCGAAUUGGAAAGAAUACAUAAAGUAUUUCAAUGAUUUAUUCGGACAUAAACACUUAAUUAAACAAAGGUAUAAAUAAUCUAUAACAGUGACGUCAAAAUCUAUAAGCCAUAAGCAUUACAAGUGAGCGACAGGGACAAAACCCCACUCACAUAAUCUUGAAAUAAAUUCUUAGAUAUUAAAUAAAAUAAACUUCUGACGUUUAAAAUUGGUAUUGUUUGAAUUUUCUAUCUAUAUCAUACCUAAUCCAAUAUUGUUGCGAUAAAUAGUAUUAUUUAUAAUCACAACAUUUUUGUACUAUUUGUACAUAACCACGACUUUAAUCGUUAAUUGCUUGUAGAAAAUCUUAUCUAUUAGAUUCAUAUAACAUUAAUGUCUUAUAUAGGUAAUUAGAUAUUUUACAAAAUCAUUUAAUGCUAUCUCAUAACUUUGAAUAGCUUAAUAUAGGUAACUUAUAAUCAGCUGUAGUUUUAAUAUGAUUUCGAAUACCUGUUAAUUUUAAUUCAUGCUAACUCUCACGAGACAAGUAAAUUAUUUGGGAAUCGAUAAUAGCAUAUUUUAUAUUUUAAUGUAUUGAUGUUUUAAU